CAUUUUGUUGUGGGACAAACACCAUCCAAGUUAAGACCCUAGAUUAAAAUGGUUGGAGGGUUUAGGAAGGGGUUAGACACAUGAAGCCAAAACAGGAAGACCCAAAGGAAAUGGUGGGGGGCUGCUGUGUUUGUUCGGACGAGAAUGGAUGGACGGAAAACCCACUCGUUUAUUGCGAUGGCCAAGGCUGUAACGUCGCCGUUCACCAAGCCUGUUAUGGUAUAGUUACGGUGCCUACUGGAGCCUGGUUUUGCCGCAAAUGUGAGAGUCAGGAGCGCGCUGCAAGGGUUCACUCAGGCGGGAGGCGCAUUUUUUCACAGAGGUGCGAACUGUGCCCGAGUAAAGAUGGUGCCCUCAAGCGUACUGACUCGGGUGGUUGGGCACACGUGGUUUGUGCGUUGUACAUCCCUGAGGUGCGCUUCGGAAACGUUACCACUAUGGAGCCCAUUAUGCUCCAACUCAUUCCUCAAGAAAGGUUCAAUAAGUCUUGCUACAUCUGUGAAGAAAGUGGUAAAGAAAGCCGAGCCAUCAUUGGUGCAUGUAUGCAGUGCAACAAAUCUGGAUGUAAGCAACACUUCCAUGUAACCUGUGCACAGUCAAUGGGUUUGCUCUGUGAAGAAGCAGGAAACUACCUGGAUAAUGUUAAGUACUGUGGCUAUUGCCAGUACCAUUUCUCAAAGCUGAGGAAAGGAAGCCAUGUAAAGACAAUCCCUCCAUAUCGUCCCGUCCCGUUGGAGGCUGGAGCUUCGGAUGAUGAUAAAGAAUCCAGAGAUCCUAAGCUGAAGAGACGAACAGGACGCCCACCUGGUGUAAAGCCGUCUGGUCGUGAAGGAAAAGUUGGUGAUAUCAUUGCAUCAGGAAGCAGUAGUGGGACAGUGGACCGUCAUGACAGAGGACCAGUGGGGGAGGAAAACACUAGUGUAACCCCUGGAAGCUCUGGUAUUUCUCUGGGAGCUAGUGCUAACUUGUCUAUAGUCCCUAAUAAGGCUGAGAGAGCAGCUAAAAUAUCGGAACCUGGUCUUGCUAAUAGUGCAUCCUUGUCUGUUACUGUGACCAAGGCUCCCAUUCCCAUAACAGUCAGUGCUUUUGUGUCAAAUUCAACCUCCAGUGCUACCCCUCUCUCUACCCCUUCAUCUUUAAUGCCAUCCUUUCCAGUCUCUCUCUCUUCAGUUUCAACAUCAUUUUCACACUCACCACCUGUAACCUCCACCUCUUCAACAACUUACUCAUCUUCCUCAUUAACAACAUUAUCGACAACCGUCUCUAGCUUAUCUUCAUUAAUAACGUCUGUCCCAUCAUCUAUAGUAACUUCAAUUCCAUCUCUGUCCCGCCUCAAGACAUCGGAGCCCCAUCCCCUUCCCCCAAGUACUACAUCUCAUGAAAGCAUUAACCAAAUAGCCAUGCCUCUCAGUCAGUCACACAGUCACGCACAUAUACCACUUCCUGCUGAUUCUGACAAGGACAAAGACAAACAGCAGGAACGGAACCGUAAACUACGGAGAAAUGGGCCACGAACUCCAAGUGGAAACAGUAACUUUGGGGACACCGAAUCAAAUGUUUCUAAUGAUGAGGCUCAUUCUAGUGAUCUAGUUUUGAAUAUAUGUGAGGAAAAGAACCUUAGUGUUGAAAAAGAAUCAAACAAAGUGCCAAGUAAACCUUUGGACUCCUCGGAUGAUGGUGGAACCUUAAAUGUGCAGUUUACGCCAAACAUGUCCUUAACCUCUAAACCCGUUUCUGAUCCCUUCACGCCGACAUUGGCUGACUUCGCUUCUAGUGAACCAGCUAAAAGAGGAAGGUCUGGUAGUCAGGAGCGGGGGAGAAGAUCUAAGAGAGGCAUGGGGAAGCGAGGUCGGCCAGGGGGUGGACGGGACACCGGGGGACGAGACUCUGGAGCAUCCUCCCCAGACUCUUUCACCAGUGAGUCAGCACCAGCUCCUAAGAGAGGGCGCAAGAAAACAGACACAAAAGAUGCAUUAACCUCAGUCAUUACCAAUGGUAUUGGUGCCAAUACACUAUUGCUGGGAAACCAACUAAACCCAGCAUCUGCAGUUGCUCAAAAAAUGACAGACACACUUCAUGCAGAGCUUGAAGCACACUCUAUAUACAAAGAUGAAGAUAAGAUUGCUAACUCACUUGUUGGACCAGCAUUACCUGGCAAGAAGGAGAACAUAAGUGGAAGUAAUAGUAAUGGAAGCAGUCAACCACCACCUUUUCCACAAAGUCUAGAACAGUUGCUGGAGCGUCAGUGGGAGCAGGGCAGCCAAUUCUUGAUGGAACAAGCGCAGCAUUUUGAUAUUGCAUCUUUGCUGUCUUGCUUGCAUCAACUUCGUCAGGAGAAUGUUCGACUCGAGGAAACUGUGAGCUCUCUCAUAUCUCGAAGGGAUCACCUCUUGGCUGUCAAUGCUCGACUUUCAGUGCCACUCAGUUCGCCAACCCCAGUCAACGCUUCAUCCCCAGGAGGGCCUAUUCCUCCUCCUCCACCUUCCAUUUCAUCUUCUACUUCUUCCUCUGUCCCAACCCAUACAACUUCUAUACCUUCUCACGCCGUCAAUCCAAGACCUUCCAGUCGAGGGUCUGCUCCAGCUCCCCCGCCACCACGACCUCACUCUCAGGGACAUCAUCCUACAGCUGGCAGUAGCCAUACUGGUGGUACAGCCCCUGGAGGAGGGGCACACAGAGGUGCAUCGCCACAUGACAGAAGAGGACCCUCACCGCACGACAGAAGAGGUACUUCUCCGCAUGAUAGACGUGCUCCACCUCCACCAAUACCUGUUGAAAACGGACUGGGAGAGCCUGAGUAUCGCUAUAGAAGUCCUGGGACAGAGCAUAGACAACAGUCACCAAUGCUGCCUCCUGGAGCUCAGCCCAGCCCUACAACCCUAAGACACAGUCCGGCUGGGGGCAACUACCACCCGAGUGUGUCACCUCAUGGAGUGAGUUCUCCAAGCCCCUCAAGUGUUCCUCAUCACCCACCAACUUCCCAUGGACCCCCUCCUCCUUCUCAUGCACCCCCUCCUCAUUCCAUGGCCACUUCACAUGGCCCAUCAAGCCAUGGUCCCACUGGACAAGGCCCCCCUAGCCAUGGCCCCCCUAGCCAUGGCCCUUCAAGUCAUGGGUCACCACAUGGGCCUCCUCAUGGUCCACCACCCCCAAUGGUAUCUGUAGCCCACAGCUCAACUCAUAGUGUGGCCAUUAGUAGACCAUCAGAUCACCGUGGAGACAUGAGACUACACACAGGGCCGCCACCACCACCUCAACACCCAGGCCCUAACCUUGGUCCUGGAGGCUAUUCAGUGUAUCAGAUGGUUUCUCCACCUGUGCCGGGACCACAUCACUCCCCUGUACCACCCAUGAAUCAGCCUCACCCGCCACCACACGCUCAAGUGAUGCGACGUGAACUGGUUGACUCUGGGAGAGGGGCACCAGGGCCGUUGGAGAAGAGAUGACACAGAGACUCAUGGGCUAGAACCAGAAGAUAACAACAGCUUCAGAGCUUCUUCACUGUCCUGGACAUAUAUAAGGAGGCUAUAGAAUUACACCCAAAUUGUCAGUACUCAGCUGGAACAUCAUUUGAAUAUUCUGGCUCAGAAAUGACUUGUGGCCCCCUAUGACUGGGAGAGGUGCAUCGGAUGCGGGUCUGCCAAAGUGAAACUUUGUGACAACUUCACAUUUGUAGAGCUGGUUCUGUAUUGGAAUCCAUAGUCAGUGCACUAGUACAGUUCAGGAACUUCUAAGGGAAUCGUACAAUGACAUAAUGUGGUCCCUGGUGAAGAUAUGUGCUGAAUUUUGCACUUUAAAAUAUACUUUUGCUUGGGUUGCUGCGAAAGUGAGCCACCAGAGUUAAAGUAGGUCUCUGUGGAGUGUUAUCCAACAAGACUCACUAGAUUUUACUUAUAGAAAUAAGGACCUUGAUUUUAGAUGGUUAACCACGAUCUCCAGCAAGUUUUCUCUGAUGCCUCAAAACCCAAGCAGUGUGGAUUCCAGCCGAUUUGAUAAAAAGAAGGGACAUGUUACCUUUAUUUUACAAACUUAAGGCCAUGCCAGUUAUUUACUGUUUGGGAGACUGUCAUAGUGCUAGAGUGGCAUGUUUCCAUAGACGUUGGACAGCUUCAUUAUGUAGUGGAGAAAAAUGGUUCUGGUAAAUGGUAAAGUACAAAUACCACUCGUAGUCACCUAUGAUGUGUGUUGUCCAUUAUGAGGUCCACACUUGUUGGAUUUCAUAAGAUGUUGCCUCUUGCUAAUUAAGAUGGUCGGGUAAAAAAUUAGCCAUGUGAUUGUUAUAAUUAUGAUCAUGUAAUUGAUAGUUUAAGGACAGCAGUUCGUAUAGAUGAUGUCUCACCACUUUUUGUCUGGAAAGCUUGUCAUUUUAGAAAAUAAUGUUGUUAUGGAUAUGACUUGCAGACCAAGUUGAAAAUUUAGAAAUGGACUGUGCUGAAUCAAGAGGAUUUUUUUUAGUACAGUGAAUAUAAUUUCAUGGUUGUUGUAUACUUAAAAUCUUGCACUGCUUUUAUGGACUGUCAGAAUUAAAGUGAGACUUCAGAAGUCUAAAAUGUUAUCUUUUUAGCACAUAUACAUUUUUAAGAUACCUUAAUGUAAAGUUGAACCAAACAAGGUUACCGUACUUACCGCUGUGAUGCUAGUGGAGAAGCCCAAGUUUGUCUCGUUGCUGAGCAUCAUAAGGGAAAAAUAGUUCCUUGUUUUCACAAAUUAUGUGAGGGUUGAUAGUAAGUAGAAUUGGGGAAACUUUGUAAAUAUAUUUUUUAUGUCUUGUAUAGCCUCCUUGUGUUGUUUAUGCAUCUUUUAAGUAAAAGUGACCUGGCCCACAUUGACUUGAGUACAAGUAGCCUAGUGCUAAAAUAGUUAUGCAGUUUUUCAUUUUUUAUUGUGGUUUGGCAGCAUCUUCAGCAUCCAUGAAAGUGGAGAAGAUUGGUUGCAUCUGCCAUCUCUGGAAAUUUUAAUGUUUGCAACAGAGUUGGGUAAACAGAGUUUAGAGGGAACGGUUAAUAAAAUUCUGUAUCAAUUUUAAUGGUAAACUUUUAAGCUAAAAAUAGUGACAUUUACACUCAGUAGUUAUGGAAGAAUGAGUUGAUAAAUACCAUUUCUUUUAAUUAACUUAAGUGUUUGUUUUAAUAAUCUUUUACAUUGUGGUGCUCCUUUGUUAUAUUUAAUUUAACAAAACCUUAACAUUCUGUUUUUUAGUGAUACUUUUAUCCUUGCUUUUAUGGAAACUGGGAUACACCCCAUAAAUUCAUUCAUUCAGUGUUGAACAAAGGAAGUGUUUUUGUAUUAUGCAUUGUGUUGAUAUGAAGCUGUAAUAAUCUGGUUGAAAGGGUAGAUGCACAAGUCAAGCUCAUGGUUUUCUUAAUUUAUUUUUGAAAUCUACAGUAUCAAAUUUUCUUUAUUGUAACUGAUUAGACGUCAUAUUAAGAGAAAACUUGCUUUACAAAUUAUUAAUCGCAGAAUCCAACUCUUGAUAGUAGUGGGACAUGAGGAUGGGGAAGUGUUUAUGAUUUGCAGAUGAGUGUUCUGUAUAUUCCAGAAAUGAGUUGUUAAUUUACAUUAAUAUUCUUGCCUUUAUCAUUGUAUAGCCUGUAUCCUUAUCACUGCUACAGCUCUUUUUUUCAAGGCCCAUCUUGCUUAUUGUCUGGCAUUCAGUAUCCUCCCUUUUGUAUUACAGGUGUGCUCUACCUUAAUUAAGUUCACCUCUUCAUACCACACCACACCACAUUUCAUUUCUUUUUCAUAUAACCUGAAGCUUUUCAAGUAAAGAACAUCCAGAAACUUACCAUCUACAUGUUGCUAGUUUUGCUGCAGUGUAUCAAAAAGCCUUCACUUGCAUAAAGACCCAUGUUGGGAACUUCAUUGUGUGUGCUGUUACUUCCUUUAAACAAAAAAUAAGUUUUAAAUAUUAUAAUUUUUAAAAUAUUAGUUUAUCUAGUUUCUACUAUGAUUCUAUGACCUACAAGUCAGUUGACAGUUGACAUAUGAGAUAAUCCUGCUAGAACACCCCCAAGCAAUGCUCUCUGCAUCCUGAAGCAUGGACAAUGUGUUGUUGGAUAAAUAUAAAUUUCUGCAUAAACAAUUACUUUCCCAGGGGAGUAAGUCUUAAGAAAGUAACCUCUAACUCUAAUACUGUGUAGCAUUACUUCAAAAAAAGCCAGUUAGGCAACAGGUCACUGGAGCCCUUUUGUUUAACUCAAACCUAUUAAUCAUAAACAUGGCUUUUCAACUUCAUUCAACACAUUUCCUUGCCUUCUGGGUUGCUGUUGACACUGAUGCAUAUUGCAUUCAAGUUCUUACAAAAUCUGUUCCUGGUUUAGUUUAAAUUACAUGCCAACCUUCCAGGCAUCAGUACAGUACUAGAAAAAAGGGGAAAAAUUUAAUAUUUUAUGAAAAAGCUUAAUGCUUUAGGUAGUGUUUAUUUAUAGCACCAAUCAAUAAAUGAGCGUCCUAAUGUUGGUGAUAUUAACAUUUUAUAAUUUUUUGGGGUGCCUAUGAUAUUAUAGGCAAUCUUAAACAAACAAAUACAUGUGGAAAAUUAUUGACCAAAAGCAGCAUCAUAAAUCUAGAAUUAAUAUUAACAGCUACUGUUUAUUAUUUGUGUUAAUGUGCCUCGUUCACCUAGGGUUCCCCCCUAUUGCCCAAGAGAUGUCCUGUUGCUUGUGAUCUUUACCCAUGGAAUUUAUUCACUUUGAUUUUUUAUCUUUGGAUAUGAAAGCUUUUGUCACAUAGUCCUUUCUCUACCAAUUAAUACUACAGUAUUUAUGAGGCGAGUGAAAUUUUUUUUCUGAUAUGCCAGUCUGGUUAUUCAGUUAAUAGGUGAAAGUGUUCCCUAUAUGCUUAAAGGCCCAUUAUUGCAUUGGUUGCAUUGUAGAUACAGCCCUCGGUACAUGAGGAAACAGUGUGGCCAGUAAGUAGUGCAGUUGACCAUCUUCACUUCCCCAAAAGUAAAGUUAGGCAUCCAUUCAUAGCUGAGUGGUCUAUAGGUGCUCUUGGCAUGGGUCAGCAACCCUUUGGAUGAAGGAAUAAGGGUUCUUGUUUUAUUUGAUGACAUGACUCGUGUGGAAUUGGUGUUUCCUGAGUUUAUGUGUCGAACCCAUCCACACUUCAUUAAUGUCUCAGGAUAUGAAACUGAUUGAUUAUUUGUAUAUUUUUUUAUUAUUUCAAGCAGGCUAAUAUUUUUUGUUUUAUAAAAUAUGUUUCCUGAAUUUUGACAAAUGACAGGAAAUCAUUUGGAAGGAUUUUCACCACUAGGGUCAUUGAACAAGCCUAUUUAUAGUUUUUACUUAAUUGUAAUCCUUUCCUUUCCCUUCAGAGUGAACUACCUCAACUCUGAACCUUGCUGUAGCCAUGCAUACCAAGAAAAAUUAAAAACUUAAAAUAUAGUUUUUAUGGAGUCUCUACUUUUAUAUGACUUACCCUGCCUUGCUGUUGCUUGCCUUGUGGAUAAUUUCCAUACCUAUGAAUAAAUUUUUUGGGGGGAGGGAGUUAGUUCACUCCCAGUCCUCUUUUGUUAUUUAUUUGUUUAUUAUUUGGUUGCAUGGAUUAAUAGCUUUUCAGAGGCUAUUGAUCUCUAUUUUGAUUCUCAUUGCACAUAUCUUGCUUGUUGUUUUGUAUAUUAGCUCCAUCAGUCAUAUUACAAGAAAUAAAUAGGAAUUUACUUGCAUACUCUCCCUCCACUGGGACAUGUAACCAGGAAUUUACUUGCAUACUCUCCCUCCACUGGGACAUGUAACCACUUGAGAUGUGCAUUUUUCACAUUCCAAAUACUUUUUUUUAUGGGGGAGGGGUGGGUGUUUAGCUGAGGAUUUCUUAUCCUUGACUCUUUACUGAAAUAUAUGUUGAGUGCAACACCGAGUUCCUUAUUUUGUCGGUAUUCUUCUUAAUGACAUUUAUUGUGCUCUCCCCAAGACCGAGUGCAGUACAAAUGCAGAUGCUCUGUCAUCUACUUGGGCUUGCCUCAAUAUUUCUAACUGUUUAUGUGUUGCAGCAGUUGUCUUUUGUUUUAUCAUUAGAGGGGUUAGGAGAUACUCUAGGAAAGUCACUUAGAUGACAUUGCACUAAGUCAACAACAAUGGCAAAUCCACAUAUAAAGAUGGAUGAGUAUAGCAUAGGACUGCACAAAACAAUGGACAAUGCAAUAUUAAUUGAGGGAAUGCAUAAAUUCCCUCACAUGGCUGUUCACUGCUCCACUUGCUCCCAUAAGGCCUAGUGUGCCCCAGCUGCAUAGCGGAGUACACUCUUGCCUGCACUGGUUGCACGAGCUUCCCACAUCCAGCCCAAACAGUCACAUAAUUGCUUAGUUUUAUUGCACAAAGCAAGAGAGUGGUAGAAUUAGGAUCUUUGCUGAAUAGCAAGAUUACACUUCUGUGAAGUAACAAAGUGAGGGCCAUCUGUAUAAAGUGAUAACCCUUUCUAUUCCAUUCACCUAGUUAUGCCAACAGUUGUCUUCCUGACUUGCUUUUGUAUUAUGGCAGUCUGGUACUUCCUAUUACACAUUUUGGAUACUUCUCAGGGUUUGGCAUACAUUCUAGACAUGUUUUGCACUGUAUCAACAUUUGCUGAAUGAUGACUUCCUGGUGAACUGGUAUGCAAAGCCACCAUUGCCUAGUAGCUUGCUUAAGGCCACAAAAGGAUGUUUCAGUUCCCUUGGGGGAUGUAUAGAAUUAGAUUUUAGGAAAGAUAAUUUUGGAAGCUUGCACUGGUUAUCCCACCUUAAGGAAAAUCAGGUUUGUAUGCACUACCUGUAUAUUCAUUCUAGUGAUUCUUAUGUUCCACUUAGAAUGAUUUAGUCAUACAGUAUUUUAAUCAUUCAGACCACUUGACGGCAACUGUAAUUGACUCGAAGCAGGUAUGUUCAUUGGGGAGCUGUUAAGUUUUUUUAUGGGCAAUGUUCUUAAGUGUUGUGCAUUACUUAAGCACAUAAAACUUAUGUGUUCAUUACUUUUAUCAUAUUACAUGAAUUUUUCCUGACUGAACAAGAAUUACGUAUCAUAGAAAUAGGGCCUCCAGGGACAAGGAUGGUCUUAAUGACUUUGGAAGUUAUGUUUUGAGCCAUUGAGUGCCUGUCCAUUCUAUUCUACUGCAUCAUCAAAUGUUCAGACUGACAUUUCUUUACUUUCCUCCUGUCUCACCAAUGGCUGAAGGGUGUUUGAGCUUCAUGCUUAAAGUCGAGGUAAGAUGAUUCUUGUUUUAGGUCCCUAAUUGUUGUGUGCUAGCCUCAGGCUGAGUCUAAAGGUUUUAUAGAACAAACAGACUCCCAGUUUUCUGCCAAAGGAAACUCAUUUCAAGGCUUAGAAAGAAAGUGAUGUUUCUAGUUAAAGAAGUUCAGGAUUACUUACAGUUGGUAACUGAUUUUAUCAACAAUCAUUGCUCAUAGACCAUCAGUCUAAGCACGUAGCCAGUCGGGCUUAUAUCUAUAGUAUGAUUGUCAAGGCUCCUUAUUCUUUCUAAGGGAUAUUACUGUCAAUCCUCUCACUUCUGACUUACUUUUAAUACGUUCAGUAAUUUUUUAUUUACAGGGGCUAAAUAAUUUCGUAAUCCUGUAUAUGUAUGGUAAUUAUAUAAGUUAUUGUACAGUACCAUAAUUGUUACAUAGCCCCGAGGACAAUUAUGGUAUUACAAAUUACAGUGAAAACACAUGAUGCAUUAUAAGGAUUGUUUAGAUAAAGUCUUCCAUAAUACAGUAUAGACUAGAGGGGUUGCUGUAUUGAGUAUCAUGACUUCUUUUUGACUUGAUGCCUCAUAAUCAGGAAGCUAUCUAUAGCAGCCAUAUUUAGUUUACUUAUGUGAUUGUUCAGCAGCAGGUUUCUUUUGCUCAGUUUCCCUAAACACCAGUCGUUUAUUUAAUAAUUCACCAAAAUACUAGGUUUUUUCCCAUUCAGGAGGAGGAAUUAGCUCCCUUCAGAAUCUUUUAGGUUUGGUUUGAUGCUCUUGACUUUUAGAUCUCAAUGCCAUAAAAGUACUCGUGCAUCUUUCAACUUAAAAGAGAUACAACUCAUAACUGGUCUACUUGGGUUCAUAUCUUUCCUAACCCUGGAACCUCUCCUUCACUCCAUCGGUGGGUUUCCUUAUACAGUAUAGCAGGAAAAUAUGAGAAAAGUAGUUUGGAAUUAAAAUUUAAGAAUGCAGAUUUCAAGUCGGGCAACUCAGCUCCAGGGUUUGCCUUAGUUUACCUCUUGACUCACUCACUUUUUGACACAUUACUUGAAGUUGGAACUUAGUUUGUAAACCCUGAUUUACCUGGGCAAAUAGGUAAUUUUGCACCUACCCUGUGCAGUAUUUAUACUAUUGGACAGAAUGGUGUUCUUGCCUUAGAACACAGGUAGCCCCACCACAGACAAGCUCUGCUAAGGGGAUGUUCUGGCAAAGUAAUCUUAUAGUUUAUUUGUCUCUUCCCUUCAGCUGUGAAAUGGGAUUUUAUACUCAAGUCCUUUGUGUGUGUUCUUAUUUUUUUAUUCCCCAACUUUAUUCAAAUUUUUUAUCUUGUUAACAUGAGGUUUCAAUUAACAUGUUUUCGCUAGCAUUGUACGCUUUUUUCUCUUGUGUAAAUUUGUAAAAGUAUCCUCGCAAUCUAUUUUAGAAUGGAAUACAGUAUAACUGAUAGAUGGGUAGUGUUCUUUACUGUUUGAAGACAUCACAUUAAGUUAUGCAAUGUGCAAAAUAGAAUUAUAAACCUCUUAUUCUAUAGCUAGGAGGAAGAUUUUUGUGUGCUUUUCAUUAUUAUUUCUCAAAAAAAAAUUAAAUUAAAAUGGCUGUUAGCAAAAUUACCAAACUUUGAGAUGAAACGUAAGUUGCUGAGCCUUUGGUAAAACGAAUACAUCUUUGAUGAUGGCACCUGAUUUUAUAUUCCUUGCAGUGAAUGCUAGUGGAUGGCACUCAGUUUAAUGUGCUUUUUGGUCAAAUUCUUCCUGAUCAGAGUAUGUUGUCAGCCUUAUUCUAAACUUAAGGUUUAUAUUAAAGUGAAGUGCAUCUUUCAAAUGAUGACUAUUUUUUAUUUUUUAUUAAUAUAUGAAGCAAACCGGUGAACUCAAACAUUAUGUACAAGGUUUGGAGAUAUUUUGUAUGUAUUCAGCUAUGCAUGAUACAACAAUGCUUCCAGUUUCUCCCUCAGUACUUUAUGUAAUUUUGAUACCAUAAGCUCAAAAAAUUUUUAUCUGCUUGAUAAUUGACGUAAUUAUAUUAAUGGUUAGACUGCGAGAAACUUUGGGAGUACACUCCUUUUUAAAGUAUUUUAAGAUGUUAACCGCUGUAAUUUAGUCUUAUGUAUCACAGUUGAAAGGAGUACUUAUGGCCUAGUGCUCUUCAAAGCGACUCGAGUAAUAUACGCACUAAUUCUAUGGGUUGAAGCCCCCAAGACAUCCUCUGAUUUUAGUGGCUUGAAAUAAUUCAUGAAUAAGUUGCACCUUUCACCGACAACCAUGUAUUGAAAUGGUAACUUUAGAAUCAACAGUCGCCAUUUAAUGCAAAAGUAACGUGUCGUGACAUCAUGUUAACGUUCACACACCUUCCCUGUCACUUAAUCGGCCAUAUUGGAAUUUCAGGUAUCAACUAUAUUUAUUUCCAGCCACUCAUGCUUCUGCACAUAUCAUUAUCUGGGUAGCUAGCAUUUCUCAAAUAAGGUCUUAAAUGUUUGAACUUCUGCACAUGUGAUGUUGUUUUAGGCCAGUCCACACAAUUCUCAGUGUUUUAUUACUAUUAAAAGCAAGUAAUCUUCAUUACAUCAUGUUGUAAUUGUUGCUUGCUAUUGCUGAUGAUCCAAUGUUGGGUGUGCUAUUAGGGUUGUGUAUAUUUGUUAAUAGUUCCACUUUGGGUCUAAGCUGGCAUAUUGGUUUCAGUAGGACCAGCAUAACCUAGGUUGUAUUCAAGUAAUAACCUGAUACCACAACCAGUAGCUCAGUCAACCAUGUAGGCAGUGUUUUUUUUUUUUACCAGGUUUUGAGGCUUGUUCUCAGGCAGGAUUUUCUUUGACAUGACAUGGAACAGAAUGGACAGAACUUUUAUUUUGAUGAAACAUUGUAGGGUUCACUGGGUUUUCUCUAUUAGGAACAAAUAUACCUGCGUAAGAUAUUGUUUUAGGUGUUUUGCCCUCAUAGGAUAUGUAAUAGUUAAUAGAGUAACUCCUCGGAAGGUGAUAGCUGGGUUUAGUUGUUCCGUGAGAAUACUUAGUUAUAAACUAAUUAUCCAUCUACAAAACUGAGCUUAGCGCUGCACAGAGUGAGGAGGCAGUGCUAAGGGCAUCAUUAUAUUAAAAUGAGUUGAGAAACUUUAAGCACAACACAUUACCUUUUGUUCAGUGAUAGAUAUGGCAGUAUGUUUAUGCCUUCAUCUGUUGUUACUGUUGUAAGAGUACAAUUUCUUGAAUAUGAGGCUUUAUUUCUGUGUUAUAUUGAACACUGAUAUUUAUGUCGUCAUACCGAGCUAAUGUAGUUCAGAUUAUUUAGUUCCACAUUUAGGCCUUAUAUUUUUGUUUUGAGGUUAUUCCCUGGGUUUAGUGAAUCACCUCUUCCUUCUUAGUGUAACCUGGUGCUGUCUGUAACAUGGUUUAAAAAAGGUUGGAAUUUAGCAUUCUAUAGUAUCAGUUUUCAUUGAGUGUUGUGUGUAUCAAGGCUUGUGUUUUUAUCUUCCUAGUACAGUAUAUCUCUACAGAAAGACUGGAACAAGGGCAUAGGCUGUUAACGACAAUGGUGGGCCUUUUCAGAAUUUGAAGGCUUAAGAUUCCUAAGUUAGGAACUUCAUAUACUGUACUGUAAAGUAGCCAUUGCUUUGGUGAAUUUUUGCAAAACAAAUUCAGUACACUUCCGGUAAUGUGGUCCAUAAGUUUAUCAUUUCAAAAGUCACUCACACCACAGACAUUAGGGUGUUAGGUUUUCUUCUCGUUCUGUUUACUUUCUGAUAGGUUUGGACCAGGAUUGCAAAUUUGCUCAUUCCCAUUCCUUUGUCCCAGCAUUAUGAAAAGUUUCUUAAAGGUGAAAAGUGUUGGAAUUGAUUAUAUCCCCUUUGGAUUCUCAGUUAGAAAUGGGGACAGGAGUUGGUAAUUAAGUCUUCCAAAGGAAACUUGUCUGAGUUUUGGAUGGUACGGCUUACUGUGUGCACACACGUUAUAGAUAUAUUUUGUUGUUAGUUUAAUGGACUCCACUAGGUAAUGUGUUCAGUACAGUAUUUAAAGGUAGAUGUAACUAUGCUCUAAUAACCCACUUGACUCGGGCAGAGGCCAUUCACAGUAGAACUGGCCAAUCAAGGGUUUAACAGAGCUGUGCAUUGCCAACUGUCCCACUAGCAAGAAGAGAAGACAACUUUGCUCAGUCUAAAUCUUAGACACAGUACACUCAUGGCAUUUUACUGAUGUUAUUAAUUCUGUGUUAUAGAUGGUGCUUCCCCCAUUAUAAAAUAUUUAUCAUUAAAAUUGCUUUGCUUUAUCACCACUCAUGUGGAGAAUUAUUGAAAUCUUUGACUCCAUCACGUGCUGCAGCUUGGGCCCAUUAUGCAAUUUUCCCAACUUUUUAAAGUGGUGUUAUCCACUUUAUGUACCUUCUAAAUCUGUUUUUCUUGAGUGAACAUGAAUUUUUUACAACCAUAUGUACCCUUAUGUACCACAAGUGGUACUCUUUCCUCAGGUUGGGAAUUAUUGCUACAGUAUAACAGACAGCUUGGAGUCAUAAUCAAAGGCAGUACUUUUUCUUCUCACCUUUUUGUUUUGUUACUCACAAUGUUUCAUGAUUUUUGUUUUUUUUUAAAUGUAGGUGCUCACUAUUUACAGUAAUUUAACAUUCAUCUUUGUACAUAAACACUUGAUAUGUUUAGAAUCCUUUUCAUCUAUAGUUUAGUUAUCCAGGGAUAAUGGUAGAAGAUCAGUGGGAGGACAGGAUUACCAAAUUCAAGGGAUCACCUUUGAUCUCACAUUACAUUUACAUAGGCAGAUUUUUUGUGAGAGGGAUAUGUGACCAACCUGAAAAUUAUCUCUCUUGGCCUCCUAUCCUCUGCCUUUUUCUAGUGUCAUCCUGGUGGGCACAUAAACUUGUUUCUGUUUAGGCUGGGCUCUGCUGAAAAACUAUUCUCCAUGUUUCUGAUAAUUCUAUUCUUUUUAGUUUGUUUUCAACACUUCUUUCUUCCUAGUUGGUUGAUCUUUUCUAAUGGCCACAUUGGGGAAAUUUAUAGGCUGUUUCAUACUGUAUAUAUACUGUUAAGAAAUGAGGGCUGGGGUUAAAGUUUUAUAUCCAUUGCCAGUUAAGAGUGAACUUAGGAGUCCUAGAUACAAUACCAGUUGCUGCUUUGUGAAAGUGGGUGAUAGUAAGGGCAUCCAGUUGUAAUACUUCAAACUUACUGGAUGGUGACUGGAGCACCAUGCCAUCAGAUAAUCAUGGCUAACCCACACAAAUGUGGAAAAUGGUCAUAAAUUGUUGGAAAGUUUUCAUUGUGUUGUCUUUGUAUAGUAACUCGUAUCAGGAAUCACAUUCACUGCUUUUCCCAUCCUUGUUGGUCUGGCUGAAUACCUAGUCUGUGUAACAUUUCAAUUUCUAGUAUGCCAAACUAUUGGGAGUGUGGUCAUGUGGUGCUAUAUUUUAAUGUUUACCUUUUAGAAUUAGUUUAUACUUAACACACUUUAUCAUGGAAAUGUGUCCAGAAUGACUUUAUAUUCAUUAAAUAGUGUGGAGUCUUUAGGGAGUCUUUAUGGGAAAUUACUCUUUUAUUCUCAGUGCAUUAAAUUUAUUAGAGAUCAUUAAAGUGUAGAUCAGAAUAUUCUUUCAGCUAACUCACACUACCUUGACUUGAGAGUGGGGAAUCACUUACCGUAUUUGGAUAACCUUUUUUCAGGGACUUGUGUAGUCCCAAAGAGGUAAUGGAUCAUCAUAGACUUGGUAGACCUCGGUUUCUCUGAUGUCCAGUAUGGGGAGUGUAGAGCUGUGCAGAAAAUAGUGAGUUCAUGAGGUUAGUUUUCAUUGUAUCUUUCUAUUUUUGCAGUUUGGUUAACUUCUCUUGUGGGGUGUGUAUCAUAUUAGCAGUUGGAGCAUUUAUAUUGUCACCUCCUUCCAUUUUUUAGCUAGAUUUUGAUUUGUAGGGCACUUAGUAAAUUUCCAAUGCUCUUAAUGUGGAUAUUGGCUGCAACUGAAUGGAACUUCCUCUCGGACUUUCAGUAUGGUUGGUAAGGCAAUGUUUGUACGGGUGUGAUUUAUAUUGUAAUUCAUGGUUUUCUUUUUUAAGAUGGUGACAGUAGCCUAUAAAGUUCUCAUUUUCAGAAACUUGAUGGUGCAAUUAAUAGAUGAAUUAGUUCCACCUACUGAGAUCUAAAAGUGUUUUGGAUUUCAGCCCAUGAACUUAGGGAAUUGAAUAUAUAACACGAGUCACUUGGUGUUGGGCUUUGCCAUAAAGUGGGAUUUCAACAUCAAUCCUCGUUUUAUUGUUACUGUAAAUUUGUUUUUAGAAUAAUUAAUUUUCCCUAAUGUAUACAACAGUCUGAAUGCUGAUGAAACUGGCACACUAAAGGUUCAACUUGGUCUUAGCUUUUCAUCUGAUGUUGGUAAUUGUACCAAUUAUUUAUUUAUUUUUCUUAUCUUUUUUUCGCUAGAAAAUUGAGGGGUGAACUGACUAGCUUCCCGAGUGAAAAAUGGUUGUAGGUUGACUGAUCAUUUGCUCUUACUUAUUUGAUACGUACAAGUUGUCAGAUUUUAAAGAAAAUUUUAAUGUAUAGUUGUCAAAAGUAUGUACAAGUUUGUAUAAUGGCACCAGCUACUUUAUGAAAUCUCGUAUCUCUGCUGUGAUAUGCUGUCUGCAGGUUUUAUACAUGAUUUUUAAAGUAUGAUACUA